UUUGGCAGCUCCGCCGCAAGUAUCCACUUUUUCACGGGCAACAAAUUGACAAAGAAUUUCUAAGAUAAUUUCCUGUGGCGACUGCAGGUUGCGCAAAAGCCACUGGGCUAAGAAACAGCAUAGAACCGAGUUUAAACUAAAGGUUAAUUAUUGCAGAGACCGCGAAUAUUGUGCAAUUUGCGUAGUGCGACGCACCAAACGUUUUUUUCGUAUGCUGUGAGCUGCGAGGAGGCGGAAAUCGGGAGUUGGGAAUCCGGAAUCGGGAAACCAGAAGCAGGAGUCGGGGAAAAUGGAGCAGAACUCGAACUCGAACAUCGCCACGGCGGAGACGUUCGCAGAGGCUCCCGCUCCGGAUGCGGAGUACGGCAUGGAGAACUGCUCCGGAUCCGGAAUGUCGGGCAGCGGCGACACAGUGAGCGCCAAUCACGAGUUCCAGACCAUGAAACCGGGUCCCGGGGUGGUGCACAAGCUGCCCCCGGUGGCCAGUAGCACCACCGCCGCCACGGCCACAAAUGGACGCACUCGAGCCGAGCUGCCGCACAGCGAGCUGGUGAAGAUGCUGUACUAUCUGGAGGGCGAGCUGCAGGCACGGGAUGUCUGCAUUGCCGCCCUGAGGAACGAGCGGGUGAAGCAGCUCAUCGCCCAGCUGCGCACCAAGCGACUGCAGCCCAACGAUCCCUAUGCGGCCAUAUUCCGGGACAAGAUCGCCUUGAAUGGGAACCUCAUCUCGAGGGAAUCGUCCACACAGGCCGCGCAGGCCGAGAUGGAGGUGCGCCAGAUCAUCGAGCAGCAGAUGGAGCAGCAGUAUCAGAUGGUCAGCAAGCAGAGGGCCACCCAUGUGCGCAUGGUGAACAUACUGACCGAAUCGCUGGAGAACAACCAGCGGAUGCUGCAGGAGCUGGAGGAGGAGAAGCGCAAGCACGAGCACACCACGGCGCAGGGCGACGACAUCACCUAUGGUUUGGAAAUGGAGCGCACCAAGCUGAAGCAGGACCUCGAGGAGGAACGCGCCCAGGUGGCCAAAAUGGAGAAGGACCUAAAGAAGCUGCAGGAGACGCUCGAGUACGAGCGCAAUCGACAAAAGCAGAUUGUGUUGCUCCUCAUAGCGGAGCGCAAGAAGAUCUUGAUGAAGUACAUUGAAGAAGGCAAACGCUCCGAGGAUCUGGCUCAAAUCCUGGCCGAGGAGAAGCAGCGCUCGGACACCAUAGCCGAGGGCCUCGAGGAGGAGAGCAAAAAGUCGCUGCGCAUGGAGGAGGAACUGGAGAAGCAAACACAUGCCAUGGAGCAGGAGCGCAAAGCCCUGUUUGCCAAAUUGGCCAAGGAGGAGCUGCGGGUCAAGGAGCUGGAGCAGGAACUCAACGCCCUGCGCGGCGAGCACGAGGCCCUGAAAAAGCAGCAGCCUCUGGGGGGCAGCGGCUCAUCGGUGGCCGCCGCCAAGGCGCGACAGUUCAGCGACGACGCCUGUGCCACGCCCCCCAUGGUGAACAUCGCCAAGAUUGUGCAGCCAACCGCCACGGUGAGCAGCAUGCCGGUUUCGGGACCACAGACCGGCAUCGCCCGCUCCAUAGCUCCGGGCCAGAACAUCCGAAGCGCUGGAAUCGCAACGGCGCCCACAGGAACGGCCACAGCAGUUAUAGCACCACUAACGGCCGUGCUCAACCACACCACCAGCAGCACCACGAACAACAAUACCACCAGUAGCAGCAGCAGCAGCUCGGUCGCAGCCACUGCAAUUGUGGCAGAGACGUCUGCUACGGUCACCGUGCCCCUGGUGGCGCCACCCUCACCCUCGCCGGCCAAGAUGCAGCCCACAGCCACCAUCCAACGUGCGCCUGGCGGCAAAUAUGCCGCCUUGGCUGCGGCAGCUGCCCUCGACUCCCAGACGGCCACGCCACCGCAUCCUCAUCCAGUGCCCAUUGCCGUGCCACCAGUCACCGUGCCACCAGCGGGAGCCCGUGGUGCACCGCCACCCAUACCAACCAAGCCGAUCGUACCGCCCAAGCGGGAGCCCUCUCUCUCCCGCCUGGGCUCCAUUUCGGGCAGCAGUGCCAUAGCUUCUGCCACGGCGACGGCGACGGUGGCGGCCACUGCAGCCGCCACCACCACGACCACGGCGAAGCAUAAUUAGACACCCCCCCCACUCAGACUCAAACUCAGAAUCAGAAUCAGACUCACAUUAAUAACCGAUAUUGGGCGUAGAAUAAGCGAAAUACUCAAGCGGCGUAGUCCCUCGACGACCGCGCUAGGCAACAGGAUCUUCCAUCUCGAACUGCCAUUAGAAACCAUCCAUUCCUCGGUAAAAAACUGCCUUUUCAUAUUUACACAUUUCUUUUUUCGGCUCGAAAGUCAUUUCCAUGCCUGUCACAAAAGUUAAAUGCUUAUCUUCUGUUUAUAAGUGAUCUAUUGUUAUAGUCAGGAAGUUACUUAGUUUACAAGUCUUUCUCUGAUCAGUUAAAUUUAGAUCACUUAUAAACAUAUCUUAAAAAAUAUUCAUGUCCUUAAUUCCACUUAGAAAAGAUUAUAAUUUAAAUUCUAUAAUUUUAGUGAUAUUUAAAAGAAUCUUUUAAAAAUGGAAUUCUAAAAAUUAUACUGCCGUUAUUUCUUGAGUAUUUU